CUUUCUCUAUUCUCUCUGGUUUCCUGUGAGCUUUAUAUUUUUUUGAUUGUCUUGAGUUUGAGAUGUCUGGACGCGGCAAGCAGGGAGGCAAAGCUCGAGCCAAAGCUAAAUCUCGCUCCUCUCGCGCUGGCUUGCAGUUCCCCGUGGGCCGUGUACACCGUCUGCUUCGGAAGGGCAACUAUGCCGAGCGCGUAGGCGCCGGCGCCCCGGUCUACCUGGCUGCUGUGCUGGAGUAUCUUACGGCCGAGAUUCUGGAGCUGGCGGGCAACGCGGCACGCGACAACAAGAAGACGCGCAUCAUCCCGCGCCACUUGCAGCUGGCCAUUCGCAACGACGAGGAGCUCAACAAGCUGCUGGGCAAGGUGACGAUCGCGCAGGGCGGCGUGUUGCCCAACAUUCAGGCUGUGCUGCUGCCCAAGAAGACCGAGAGCCACCACAAGGCCAAGGGCAAGUGAUUUGAUAGACGUUUGAGCUUCCGGAAACCGCACUAAAACCCAAAGGCUCUUUUCAGAGCCCCCAUCUUCUCAAAUAAAGAGCUAAGAACACUA